AUGGGGCAUAAUGCUAGUCGCACACCAUUCACAUACAUCUCAAACACCAGCAUUGUAGGUGAUCAAAAUGGAUCAAACUCGCUUGUACCAAUACUCGAUGCUAAUGAACGUAAGAGGCAAAGGGAUAAGGAACACUAUGCCACGAUGUCCAUUGAACAAAAGAAUGAGAAAAAUAGGAAGUGCAGUGAAGCACGUCAACGAAAUAAAGGACUAUCGAUAAAGCCCGAGUCAUCUAUAGACAUUAAUACAAAGCAAACACAUGAGGCGGUUAACCUUGAAAUAAGUGGAGAUGUGCAUCUUGGUUCAGGUCCCGUUAAAAACACUCCAUCAGGUGGUAACUCUAUCGAACGAAAGAGGCAAAGCGAUAGAGAAAGGCGUGCAACAAUGUUGGUUGAACAAAGGAAUGAGUACAAUAACAAGCGUCGUGAAAUGCGUCAACGAAAUAAGGGACAAAAUGUGAUGCCCAGUGUGUCAGGAGGUGAUGAAACCCAUCAAAUUUAA